CGUGACCGGUGACGCGGGUCUCGUGUGUUUACGUGGAGAAACAUGGCGGCGACGGUGACAGCGAAUCCCGAAUAAAACCCCGAGGAGAUCCCACAGAUUUACCGUCCGAGCCGAAGCGGGCGCACAUGUCAGCGCUCCGCGUUUAGCGCUAGGCGUGUCUGCGUGCGUGUGGCGCUUUUAUGACGCGCGUGUGUCCGUGUUUAAGCCGCAGGAACCGCGGAGAUGAUGGAAGACGAGGAGCGACAGAAGAAACUCCAGGCCGGCAAAGCCAAGCUGGCCGAGUACCGGCAGAGGAAAGCCCAAUCCGAUGGCCAGAAGAAGCAGAAGAAGAAGAAAAAGAAGCAGGAAUCGGACGCGGAGGAGCAGGGAGGAGAUCAGAGCGUGUUUUCCCGCGGCGGAGAAGCCGUCACACACGACCAGACCUACACCAUAGAGCCCGAGAGUGAAGUCUCAACGACAGCCGAAGACUGUUCAUCUGAGGUAAAUGGUUUCCACGAGAGGACGUCGUCUGUGAUCGGGGAGGAAGAUCUGCAGCGGUCCGAAGCGCACAUGGAGCCUGACCUGCAGAGCGGCGGCCCUCAGAGCCGCAUUCAGAUCAUGGAGGACGAGUUAGCCGCCAAGAACAUGGCCAUGGAGGAGCUGAGCUGCGAGCUGGAGGAGAUCAGGGCCGCUGAUGGAGUGCAGCAGCUGCAGGACUUCGAGGAAGCGCUGAAACAGAGGGAUGAAAUCAUCACGCAGCUCACCUCCAAUCUGCAGCAGGCGCGGACCGAGAAGGAGGAGGUGAUGAGGGAGUUCCUGGAGCUGACGGAGCAAAGCCAGAAACUCCAGAUUCAGUUCCAACAGCUGCAGGCCGGUGAGAUACUGCGAAGCUCCAACAUCAGUUCCACCGCCGCAGAUCUUCUCCAGGCCCGUCAGCAGAUCACGCUGUACCAGCAGCAGCUGGGCGAGAGGGACGCACAGGUCAGAGGUCACCAGGAGAAGACGCAGGAGCAGCUUUUAUUGAUCGCGCAGCUUCAGGAGAGGCUGAGUGAAGCAGAGAGGGUCCGCACACAAGCUGAAGAGUCGUUCGCUCAGAGUUUACGAGAGAAGGACCUACUGAAUACUGAACAUCAGCGUCUGAUAACACAGCUUAACGAUCAGCUUCUGACUUCCAAACAACAAGUGGAGGAAGUCAACAAACAUCUCGCUGCGAAAACCCAAGAGCUGGACAGCUGUGAAAAAGAGCUCUCCGCGUCCAGACAGAAAGAGCGCAUGUCGUCCGGAGAAAUCCUGCAGCUCAUGAAAAUCGUGGAGGACCUCCAGCAGCGCUGCCACCAGGGAGGCCAGUCGGGAGCGGAGACGCUCCGCAGAAUCGAUGCCGACGACUGGAGCCGCCGGAUGGAGCAGCUAAGAGCCGAACUGGACGAAAUGUACGGUCAGCAGAUCACGCAGAUGAAGCAGGAGCUUCGCACUCAGCAAGCGACAGAGCUGGAGCGCAUCCAAGCGCAGCACUGCUCGGAAACAGAGAAGAUCGUCCAGCAGCAUCAAUCAGAGCUGGAGAGGUUUAAAGCUCAGCUCUUCCAGAGCACCGGAGGCGUCAACGUGCUGAACGUGAAGCUCAUCGAGCUCCAGCAGAAGCUGCAGGAGACGCAAGUGCUGCGUGAAAAGGCAGAGCAGGAGCUAACGCAGGCGAGCGCAGAAAAACUCAGUCUGGCGCAGGAGCUGGAGCGUUUGCGCGACGAGCUGCAAAGAGCCAAAAUACAGAGCCCUGAGAAAAUCCAACAUGCUAUUAGCGACCUGCGGACGCAGCUCGAUUUGGCGCACAAAGCCAACGGCGAACUAGAAGCCAAGCACGAAUCAGAAAUCACCAACUAUAAGAUCAAACUGGAGAUUGCGAGCGGGGAGAAAAGACGCGCGGUGCUGGACCGCAUGGCCGAAUCGCUGGAGUCCGAGCUGGAGCGCCUGCGAACGCAGCUCUUGUUCAGCCACGAGGAGGAGCUCUCCCAACUCAGAGACGACCUUCAACGGGAGAGCCAGCUCAACGUGGAGAACCUGCGCGACGAGUUGAGCGUGAGGCACCGCGAGGCUUUGGACAGUUUUGAAGACAAGCUGCGGUCGGUGGAGAGCGAGAGAGCGGCGUUGGCUUCGGAGAUCGGCCGGCUUUCCUCGGACAACGAACAGAUGUGUGUGCGACUGAAAGAGCUUCAGGAGGAGACUGAGAAGCAGAGAAACACGUUCUCCUUCGCUGAGAAGAACUUCGAGGUGAACUACCAGGAGCUGAAGGACGAGUACACGUGCCUGGUGAGCGCUAAGCUACAGCUCGAGCAGCGCUUGCUCAGAGAAGCCAUGCAGUAUGAGACCAAACUCAGAGAUCUGCAAACCAGACGCGAGGAGGUGGACGGGAAGACGGCGAUUGAAAAAGACUCUUCAGAGCUGAUGGAGAAGCUGGAGACGGCUGAGAGUGAGAAGAAGAGCUUAGCCGAGCGUCUCUGGCGGAUGGAAACGGAGCUGGAGAUGCUGAAGAGAGACGGAGACGAAGACUGCAGCAUUGCUGGUGGGCUGUGCUCGGCGGAGACGCAUCACGCACACAUCCGAUCUCCGUCGGAGGAACUGGAUGCUUUGCAAGACGAGGAGCAGCCGCAGGAGGGGAGGGAGAGAGAGAAGACGCUGCGAGGCACCUCAAGCGCGCGUGAUCGCUCAGCUGCGGUUUGUGAUCCGCAGGUGGAGACGGGAGACGAUGGAGACGCCGUCAGAGCCUGUCUCAUGAUGCAAGUCCUGCGGAAAUGA